AUGAACGACCUCAUAGACAAACUACAGCUGGACAUCAUCACACACUGUACCGUGUCUGACUGGAGGAUUCAUGACAGGAUCCGUCAACGUUUAGGCGUCCCUAGAGAAGUACUAAAAUGGGACCAGGAGGCCAGAGAGCGGUAUGUGGAGUACGCUAAGAGAGGAACACAGACAGUCCACCACGCCCGGGGGAUGAUUGUAGGAUGUGCCGGGGCCGGAAAAACCACGCUACUUAAACGUCUGCAGGGUUGUAGUGACGAAGAGAUUGAGAAAGUAAAAUCUACUGAGGGGUUGGAGGUGCAUGAGGAAAUAUUUGAAUUAUAUGAAGAAACAAAGUCUCUGAAAGUAAGAACAAGCUAUAUGGAUAACAGAAAUAAUGAAAAGAAGGCAACAGAUAUUGAACCGAAGACUCUGACUUUGUUUGACUUUGGGGGCCAGUGUGCGUACUACGCCUGUCACCAGAUUUACCUGACCAGAAGAGCUUUCUAUGUCGUGGUGGUGGACGCCUCUAAACGUCUUAACCAGAAGGUGGAUAAGGAAGUGUGUGAUCAAGAUGGAAGUGUCUUCUCUGGAUGGACUUAUGGAG